AGCCCGGCCGGCCGCCGCCUCGGAAGGUCUCAUUUAACCUUCCGCCCGGGCAUCUUCCCGCCCGGCGCCGCGGUGGGGGCCGCCUGGCGUUGGGAGUCCCGGGACCCCUGACCGUGCCCUGCGCGGCCGCAGCAGUUUCUCCCUUGCUCUGACACACGAGGGCCAGCCCUGGGUCCCGGCCAGGACCCAGGUUUGUACGACCCUUUACCUGCACGUGGGCCGCCGGGACGGAAGCGGAGUGUGCACCGGCCCAACCCUCCCAGACCCUCGUCGCCCACCCACGGCCGCUGUCCCUCCCACGGCCUGGGACGCGCCCCAGCGCCCCCGCCCCCCACUUCAGGAUGCAGCCCCGGCUCCCGCCCCGCGCCUACAUUCACAUCCUGCGCCCCGACCCCCGGGGUCUCCGAGUCUGGAUGCGCUUUCCUCUCGUGCACGCGGCCCCUCCUGUCGCUUCCUUCCUCCGACAGCGAGGCACAAACAGCCGGGACCAUCCGGGGCCCGGCCCAGGGAGGGCGCAGCCUCCCCCGACCCAUGUGUCCCUCAGACACUCCUCCCACCCCCAGUUGUUCUCACUUUUGGACCAACGGCUCUGCCUUCCAGGCGGCCGGGACGCGGUCCCAGGAGUGGAGACCGUUGCCUGUCGGCCCCCGUGUGACCCGGGGCGCGUGACAGGGGUCGGGGGAACUGCGCCUGCAAUGGGCGUUUAUGGCCCCCAGGACCGGUCUGAGAGUGAGAAGAGGGAUGUGCAGAGAGAUCCCCCGCCUUGGCAUCGGAGGAGAGAGGGGGAGAGGCCCGCUCGGGCCGGGUCCCUUCCUCUCGCUGCAGCGGGGCAGGGUUUUCUCAGGAAAACCUGGAUUAGCGAACAUGAAAACUCUCCCACCAUGUCGCAGAAUGGAUACUUUGAGGAUUCAACAGCUGGGUCUCUAGGCUACUACAAGUGUGACACAGAUGACACCUUCGAAGCCCGAGAGGAGAUCCUGGGGGAUGAGGCUUUCGACACUGCCAACUCCUCCAUCGUGUCUGGCGAGAGUAUCCGUUUUUUUGUCAAUGUCAACCUUGAGAUGGAGGCCACCAACACUGAGAAUGAAGCGACUUCCGGUGGCUGUGUGCUCCUGCACACCUCCCGAAAGUACCUGAAGUUAAAGAACUUCAAGGAAGAGAUCCGUGCGCACCGCGAUCUAGAUGGCUUCCUGGCGCAGGCCAGCAUCGUCCUGAACGAGACGGCCACCUCCCUGGAUAACGUGCUGCGGACCAUGCUUCGCCGCUUCGCCCAGGACCCUGAUAACAACGAGCCCAACUGCAACCUGGACCUGCUCAUGGCCAUGCUCUUCACUGACUCCGGGGCACCCAUGCAGGGUAAAGUCCACCUGCUGUCAGAUACCAUCCAAGGGGUCACCGCCACGGUGACAGGGGUGCAGUACCAGCAGUCGUGGCUCUGCAUCAUCUGUACCAUGAAGGCCCUACAGAAGCGGCACGUGUGCAUCAGCCGCCUGGUUCGCCCACAGAACUGGGGGGAGAAUUCCUGUGAGGUUCGGUUCGUCAUCCUGGUGCUGGCCCCACCCAAGAUGAAAAGCACUAAGACUGCGAUGGAGGUGGCGCGCACAUUUGCCACCAUGUUCUCGGAUAUCGCCUUCCGCCAGAAGCUCCUGGAGACCCGCACAGAGGAGGAAUUCAAGGAGGCCUUGGUGCAUCAGAGACAGCUGCUCACCAUGGUGAGCCACGGUCCAGUGGCGCCGAGGAUGAAGGAACGCAGCACAGUCUCCCUCCCUGCCCACAGACACCCAGAGCCCCCAAAGUGCAAGGACUUUGUCCCUUUCGGGAAGGGCAUCCGGGAGGACAUCGCACGCAGGUUCCCCUUGUACCCCUUGGACUUCACUGAUGGCAUUAUUGGGAAAAACAAGGCUGUGGGCAAAUACAUCACCACCACCCUGUUCCUCUACUUCGCCUGCCUCCUGCCCAGCAUCGCUUUCGGGUCCCUCAAUGACGAGAACACAGACGGGGCCAUCGACGUGCAGAAGACCAUAGCCGGGCAGAGCAUCGGGGGCCUGCUCUACGCGCUCUUCUCCGGGCAGCCAUUGGUGAUUCUGCUGACCACCGCGCCCCUGGCGCUCUACAUCCAGGUGAUUCGUGUCAUCUGUGAUGACUAUGACCUGGACUUCAACUCCUUCUACGCGUGGACGGGCCUGUGGAACAGUUUCUUCCUCGCGCUUUAUGCCUUUUUCAACCUCAGCCUGGUCAUGAGUCUCUUCAAGAGGUCGACGGAGGAGAUCAUCGCCCUCUUCAUUUCCGUCACGUUUGUGCUGGAUGCUGUCAAGGGCAUGGUUAAAAUCUUCUGGAAGUACUACUAUGGGCAUUACUUGGACGACUACCACACAAAAAGGACUUCAUCCCUUGUCAGCCUGUCAGGCCUCGGUGCCAGCCUCAACACCAGCCUCCACACUGCCCUCAACGCCAGCUUCCUGGCCAGCCCCACGGAGCUGCCCUCGGCCACACACUCAGGCCAGGCGACUGCCGUGCUCAGCCUCCUCAUCAUGCUGGGCACGCUCUGGCUGGGCUACACCCUCUACCAAUUCAAGAAGAGCCCCUACCUGCACCCCUGCGUGCGCGAGAUCCUGUCCGACUGUGCCCUGCCCAUCGCGGUGCUCGCCUUCUCCCUCAUCAGCUCCCACGGCUUCCAGGAAAUCGAGAUGAGCAAGUUCCGCUACAACCCCAGCGAGAGCCCCUUUGCGAUGGCGCAGAUCCAGUCGCUGUCCCUGAGGGCCAUCAGCAGUGCCAUGGGCCUCGGCUUCCUGCUGUCCAUGCUCUUCUUCAUCGAGCAAAACUUGGUGGCCGCCUUGGUGAAUGCACCGGAGAACAGGCUGGUGAAGGGCACUGCCUACCACUGGGACCUCCUGCUCCUCGCCAUCAUCAACACAGGGCUGUCUCUGUUUGGGCUGCCUUGGAUCCAUGCCGCCUACCCCCACUCCCCGCUGCACGUGCGAGCCCUGGCCUUAGUGGAGGAGCGUGUGGAGAACGGGCACAUCUAUGACACGAUUGUGAACGUGAAGGAGACGCGGCUGACCUCGCUGGGCGCCAGCGUCCUGGUGGGCCUGUCCCUGUUGCUGCUGCCGGUCCCACUUCAGUGGAUCCCCAAGCCCGUGCUCUAUGGCCUCUUCCUCUACAUAGCACUCACCUCCCUCGAUGGCAACCAGCUCGUCCAGCGCGUGGCCCUGCUGCUCAAGGAGCAGACUGCGUACCCCCCGACACACUACAUCCGGAGGGUGCCCCAGAGGAAGAUCCACUACUUCACAGGCCUGCAGGUGCUUCAGCUGCUGCUGCUGUGCGCCUUUGGCAUGAGCUCCCUGCCCUACAUGAAGAUGAUCUUUCCUCUCAUCAUGAUCGCCAUGAUCCCUAUCCGCUAUAUCCUGCUGCCCCGAAUCAUUGAAGCCAAGUACUUGGAUGUCAUGGAUGCUGAGCACAGGCCUUGACUGGCAGGCCCUGGCCAUGCCCCAUUCGCCAGCUCUCCACGUCCUCCCAGGCUGGCUCUGGAGCUGUGAGGGGAGGUGUAGGUGUGUGGGUGACUGCUCUGUGCUGCGCCUUCUCAUGGCUGACUCAGGCCUGGGGCAUCUGGGCAUUGUAGGGGUGCAGUGGUAUGUGCCCACCCCCCUCCCAUUAUCCUUUAGCUUCGAGCCAAGAGCGUUGCUCAGGGCAGCUUCUGCCCAGGGUGGGUGGGACUGAGCAGGAUGGAUUUUCUUUUGAUAAAAGAGUCGAUGCCUGAAAGAGAAACCAUUUCCUUGAUUGUGUAAGGAACUUGCUGUACGCACAUUAGAGAAUAAAGCUCCUGUUUCUAGGCUCCUA